ACGAACUCCAAAUUUGUUCUCAAAUAUUUUUCAAUUUACGGAAAAACGGAAAAUGAUGUAAAUUGCUUUCUAUAUUUACGUAUACAUCUACUUCAAUAAAUGAAGAACUUAUAUUUCUUCUUCCGAAAGUACGGAUCCUGCACCUGCACGUAUUUUCAUAAUAUAGCGAGUUGUUCAUUCGCAAGGUUGGCGUCUCGGCGAGGAUGUGUACGAAAUUGAAAUUUUAAACAAAUUUAAAAUCUGUUUGCGCCCCAUUCGUGUCUUAACCAUCACCAUUAUCUUCACUACAUCUUACAUUGGCCAAAUUGAUUACUACACGGUAACCUCCGUGGCUCUUGAUAUGAAUUGUGGUGGCCUUCUUUCAUUAAAAUGGAACAACCACAGAGCAGCUUUCUUCAAUGUUUUAUCAAAUCUGCGAGAGAAAGAAUGCUACACGGAUGUAACUCUGGCUUGUGAUGGAAAGUUCUAUCCUGUUCACAAACUCAUUUUGUCAACAUGCAGCGAAUAUUUUGAACAGAUGCUUGAACAAACUCAUUGCAAGCAUCCAGUGAUAGUUUUGAAAGACAUCCAGAAUGAAGAUCUUGAAUCGCUUCUCAGUUACAUGUAUGUUGGUGAAGUGAAUGUUGUACAGGAGAAGCUAUCUGGUCUGAUCAAAGCUGCCGAGUGUUUGAAGAUUAAAGGUUUGGCCGUGCCUGAUGAAGAACCUGCUGAAGCCAAAUCAACAGGAGUGUUCCGAGAAAAGAGAACUAACGAUAAUAUUGUAAGUAGUGAAGCCAAGAGGAGAAGGCAGGAUGAUUGUGCCUCAUCUCAGAAACAUUCCAGCUCAAGUGAAGAAGAGUCAAGCAAGAGGAAAACAAGCACCCAGGAAGAGUCAGGAAGGGAUAAAACAAGCCCAUCAUCUAGCAAUAAAUGUACCAGGAAUAAUGAUCUUGUAGUAGUCAGUAAAGGUAGUAUCCUACCAUCUGGCGAUAGCAGUGAUAAAGAGCCAAGUCAACCUCCAGACAUUUCACAUGAUACCUCAAAGUCAGACUCUAAUGCACAACUAUCAGAUGAUGAGAUUGAGCUCAAGAAUGAAGAGAUUCAAGAAGCUGAUGAUGAUGCACCCAAAGAAUUGAAUGACAUAGGUGAAGCUGUGAAGCAGGAACCUCUGGAGCUGGAUGCAGUUUACCUCACAGACUCCAACUCCGCUACUGACAUCCACGACAUCUUGCAAGACAGGAAACACUUGCAGCAAGCUGAUGACAAUCAAGAAUUCAUGAAUGAAUUGCUAGGCCAGCACCAAGCUGAUGAUGGUCACAGAGAAGGCCAGGAGCCGGCGCUGCCAUCAAGCUACCUCUGCACUCAGCAGCAGCAACAGCUGAUCAGUGCCCGCGAAGACAGCAUUAUGGAAGCGGAUGCAGCAAACCAUCGGGCUCGAUUUCAAGAAAAAGUGGCCUUCGAAAAGCUUUCUAGAUACAAAGUGCCUAGUCGAGAAGAAUACGGCUCAAUGCUUGCAACCUUGUGUGGCAGUGAAAGAUCCAAAUCCUUCUACUAUCUUCGGGAGAAAUUUGCUGUCGUCCAAGUUGGCGGUGUCAUGAAAAUCGUCAAGAGGCGAAAAAAUGAAGCUGAUCCACUUCAAUACCUUGCCGUUCGGGACGAGCUCUUCGACAUAAUCUACGAAGCUCACGUGUCGACUGGUCACGGCGGUGAAAGGAAAACCAAAAGAUUUCUUGAUGCCAAAUACGCAAACGUACCAAUGAAGAUAGUGACCCUCUUUUUGGCUGCAUGCGAGGCAUGUCAGAGAAAGAAGCCCUUGCCGAAACCAUACCACGUGGACAGAUGGCCUACAAUUCGCGUAGUGCCAGAGGAACAGCUCGCCGCACAGACACCUGCAGAACACGUCCCCGUUUGAGAUUUUGUUCGCACAGAAACCAAGACUAGGAUUGUAGGAAACGGUCUUACCUGCAGGCGUUCUCGCACACAUAACAGAGGAACAACUUAAGGCAGGCGACUCUCAGGGAGAUCCAUGAAAUGGAGGCUGCUGAGGAACAAGCUGAAGUUUCUGAGGAAGAAGAUGUCGCUGCCGGGGAACAAGAUCAGGCUGAUGAAACUGAAGAAAGAGCAAUAGGAAUAUCAGAUGCUUUCUCAAAGCACAUCAAGACGAAAAGGGCGUGCCGUGACAAGGCUGCGAGCGGGCAAGCAAAGAGCAGGAAAAAAAAAUACUUGAAGCGAGCAACGCUAUCCAGCAUCCUCUUGCUGUGGGAGACUGCGUCUUAUUCCUGGCUUCCAAAUUCGAUCGUGGACGACUAGACUGUAGAAAUAUUCCUGGUGUAGUUUACGACAUUACUACCAGCGUAUGGUACAAAGUUUCAACAAAACAUGAAAUGAUCGAGGCAGCUUGCUCCAGAUAUCAGCUAGAGAAGGCAGAUAGUCAGCUGAUCAGCCUAUCAGAAACGAGCAACAUUAUGCAGCCAUUUCGCUAUAUUGCAUCCCUUCAGUCUGCCACUGAGGGAUAAGGAUUUGCAAGUGUUCUUGCACAACAAAGUGAGAUUCUGGGCGCUGUGCGUGCAGGAAGAGCGGCGCGUUGUGCCACUCCCAUUGCCAUCCUAGGAAUGGCAAAUGUAGGAACAAAAAAUUACAAAAAGAACUCGUCUUUUAGGAUUCAUGACUGUACUGCGAUUCGUUUGUGUGUACUGAUUUCUCUGGUUAUUAAAUCUAAAGCGAAUUCGCUCGACAUUGUUUGUUCUAUUCUGACUAUCAUCUCCAAAAAAUAAAAAUAGCAGAAAUUUAUAACUAAGGCCGAAAUACAGUAAUAACAUAGCUUGCCGGCUCCGUGGAAUCGGCUGCCGAUUCCACGGAAUCAGCACUGGUCGACACGAGUUCCACAUUUUCAGCAAAUCGUUGACUAUUCCACGGAAUCGGCAACGAAACGCUGAUUCUACAGAAUGGACAAACUGGCUGCUGAUUGCUUAGAAUCGUCAUAUCUGCGAUUUCGGCAUGACAAAUAUAAAAAAGGUCUUUAAUAUUAAUGCUAAAACAUUGAUAUAUCACAACAAUCGUAUCUCAUUUGUGAGUGAUGAUACGACAACCUACUCACUGAUGAAUGUCGUAUUAGCCUACCCAGCGAGGGCUCACUGCGCCGGGCGCUCGUUUAGUAUCACCUUAUGCAUGUUAAUUUAGAAUUUCGUAGGGUGUAUUGAUGUAGUAUUACAUAAGGCGUAUUACUGGUUGGUUGAUUACGUUUUCCUGUUUUAAUUACGUAGCAUCAUGAUAUUGUGAGUGUGUAAUGAUUUCCUGCCAAUAGCACGAGAGGAUAUGGGGUAACUUGUCAUGUUUUGUAGGGAAACGCGCGCUGUUUUUUGUAAAUGGAUUUAGCGGCUCAUUAUGCGAGUAAAUAGUGAACUAGAGAAUGCUUCAAGAUACAUUAUUACUAAUUAUUAAAAUGAAUUUUCUUUAUUGAUCGAAUUUAUGUUCUUCGGGAUCAGGAAGUUGGUGUGAGAAAUCCGUACACGCAUAAUUAUUUUAAAUUCGAACAUUUUUGUUCCCAUCAGAAAAGUUUAAUUUGCAACAAUAUUGAAAGUGAUACUGCGAAGCUAGUAGAUUUACAGAAUUUUUGUUGCACUAGGUGCAGGAAGAGCCAUCACGGCUCUCUCGUGGGGCGCCAAGAUCGUCGACGACUGCGCGAACUCUUCUC